GUGGGCGGGGCUUUUUUGGGAGGCGGUACCAUGUGGGCGGUGCCAUAGGGGGGCGGGGCGCUCCGAGGGGGCGCGCCAGACUGCAGUCUUGCUGGAGCGCACAGAAGCCCCCGAGCUCGGUCCCGAGAUGACAGCCAUGAAGCGGGUGGCGAAGGAGCUGGAAGAUCUUCAGGCAAAGCUUCCGCCGUACCUACGGGACCUGUUCAGCGACGACGCGGACGUCCUGGUGUGGCAUGUGCUCCUUCUGCCUGAGAAACCACCCUACAACCUCAAGGCCUUCCACCUGCGCAUCAACUUCCCCGAGGACUAUCCAUUCAAGCCCCCUACGGUGACAUUCACCACCAGGAUCUACCACCCCAACGUGGGCCACAACGGACGGGUUUGCCUGCCCAUCACCAGCCGUGAGAACUGGAAGCCUCACACCAAGACCUGCCAAGUCUUGGAGGCCCUCAGCGUGCUGGUGAAUAGACCGGACCUGGAGCAGCCGGUUCGGGUGGAGCUCGCCGAUCUGCUGGUACAGAACCCAGAGCUGUUCACCCGAGAGGCCAGAGACUUCACCCUCAAGUAUGGAGUGGACCGACCCUCCUGACUGUUCUCACCCCUCUCUGCGCUGGAGCCUCUGCGUGAUGGACGGACACAUCUCGUGGACUGAGGGCCAGAGCCCCCUCCUUUGUUCCGUAUUUUCCUUCAUAGAUUGUUAGUCAUUAGUGUGUGUGUGUGUGUAUGUGUGUGUGUGGUGUGGGCCCAUUCCCAGCUCACCUGGCCGCAGGUGGGUUUUCCUGGUCUCUUUCUCUGCCCCAGAGCCAGAGGAGUUCACCACGGGACAGUUAGGGGCCAGCUCUCCAGCGCUCUAGGGCAUGGAAAUCCUGGUCUCACUAAUUGCUCCUUCUUACAGACACAGGUCACCUCCCAGGCUGGUGGGCAGGAAAUGAGCCCAGAACCAACCAGAAUCCCCGCAGGGCCCAGGGACCAGGGGGCAGAGGGGGCAGGGCCCUCAGAAUCAUAUUUACAGUUGAGUGAUUUGUUUACUGAGUGACUGAAGUCGGCCCCACUGCUAAUAGGUACUACGAGUCUAGAUUGAGGUGCCAAACCUUUCCUUCCCCACUGAUAAACCACAAAAUGAAGAAUUUCCAUCCAGGAAAUCUGA